CCUGAGCGUAGCCCAGUUUCCUCCAGGCUCGGAGAGAGAGGACUUCGUUCUGGGCUUUGGGAGAAGAGAAUCGUGUAGUCCUGGCAAUCAUAGAAGCGACGAGAGAGAGACGGCCAGUCUAUCAGCUUUCCACUACCCGCGUGACUGUAUUGGUCUGUCUGCUAUCCGCUAUGCCGCUGCCCGUUGCGCUGCAGACCCGCUUGGCCAAGAGAGGCAUUCUCAAACAUCUGGAGCCCGAACCGGAGGAAGAGAUCAUUGCCGAGGACUAUGAUGAUGAUCCUGUGGACUAUGAGGCGACCCGGUUGGAGGGCCUGCCACCAAGCUGGUACAAGGUGUUUGACCCUUCCUGCGGGCUCCCUUACUACUGGAAUGCGGACACAGACCUCGUGUCCUGGCUGUCCCCACAUGAUCCCAACUCCGUUGUUUCCAAAUCUGCCAAGAAGCUCAGGAGCAGUAAUGCAGAUACUGAGGAGAAGUUGGACCGGAGCCAUGAGAAAUCAGACCGGGGCCACGAGAAAUCGGACCGAGGUCACGAGAAGUCAGAACGCAGCCAUGAGAAGUCAGAACGGAGCCACGAGAAGUCUGACAGAGACCGGGAGCGUGGUUAUGACAAGGUGGACAGAGAGCGAGAGCGGGACAGGGAUCGGGACCGGGACCGCGGGUAUGACAAGGUGGACCGGGAAGAGGGCAAAGAACGGCGCCACCAUCGCCGGGAGGAGCUGGCUCCCUAUCCCAAGAGCAAGAAGGUGGCAAGCCGGAAGGAUGAAGAAUUAGACCCCAUGGACCCCAGCUCGUACUCAGAUGCACCCCGGGGCACGUGGUCAACAGGACUCCCCAAGCGGAAUGAGGCCAAGACGGGUGCAGACACGACAGCAGCCGGGCCCCUCUUCCAGCAGCGCCCUUACCCAUCCCCGGGGGCUGUGCUCCGGGCCAAUGCCGAGGCCUCCCGAACCAAGCAGCAGGACUGAACCUUCCCCACCCCCACCCGCUCUGGGGUUUUUAAUAAAAGCUUUUCGGUGGAUCAUG